GACCGGCUGGAAAAGGAACGGCUCAAUUAAUUAAUUAUGUGAUUCGCAAAAUCUUAUUUUCUAAGUUUUAGUAGACUAGUUGAAUUUAUCAUGUCCUAGUAAUAAUUUGAGUCAAGAUAGAGUAGUUCUCAUUAUCAACUUUAAAUAGUCAGCCAGUCGACGGACGAGUUGAUUGUUUUCAAAAGUUUUUGAUCUCAUUUUUGUGAUAGAUCUUACAAUCAGUAUUUUGUCGUAUUAAAGUAGAAUCAAUUAAUUAGUUAAAAAAUGAAACGAAACAAUGAGCAAGGUGUUUCUUCUGACCCAAUAAGUCCCCCGUCCUCGGCCCCUUCUUCGGGAAAGUGCAAAUGGCUCAAGAUGGACAUGACCGCUGAACGGGCUGCAUCCGCCCUAAACAAUCAAGAGGGUCGUGGGAUGGUCGUGGAGAGAAGGACAGAACGGGCAAGCUCCAAUUUCGAUCCGUUUUCCUUGAGUAGUUUGGGGGUGUCUAUUUCAUCCUUGUUGCCCCCCGGCCUGGCAUCUCCACCGCGCCCAACCCGUCAAAGAUCUUCAGAAUUUUCUGAAAUUCUGCAACGGCUAACAAAUGCUUCUACCUCCACAUCCGACACUGUUCCAAAUCCCGUCGACAUUCCGCAAGACUCGGAGGAUAUUGUUGGUAUUUUAACCGGGGAACUGACCACUCGUCCCGUCGUUCGCACCACUCCGGAGAGAAAUAUGUUGGCUUUGAUGCCCCCAUUAACCGGGCCUGGAGUGGCCAUGUCGGGGAAGAAAAGGGGACAUGGUUCGGUGUCCAAGGGGGAUGAAACGUCCAGCUGUGCCGACAAGGCCUCACCUUUUCCUCCAGAAUUUCUCCCCGAUGAACUCGAGACUUCGGUCAAUCCUUGCUCCGACACAAAGUCAAAGUUGACCAGGAAUGGAAAUCUGUCUGAUUCUAAGAGCGGCCCCAGUUCACAGUCGACAUCAGCUUUUUUUCAAGUAGACAAGUCUCAACUGAAGCCUGUAAACAGACGGCCGUCCCUUUACGAAAUUGGGGACAUUGAAGAUUUCCCCCCACCUAGAAAUUGGGUGAAAGAUCCGGAAGAUUCGACUCGCCUGAUUUGGAAUUCUUAUCGGGAGAAUAAGAAGGCUGAUGAGGCGUCAUCAUCGUCCUACAUGAAAGCCACCGGAUAUGGUCAACCCACCGCGGCGAGUGCACCCAUGCCUGGCUUGCAACGACGCUGGGACGAGGAAGAUGGCAAGGAUGAUGAAGAUAACCGUGUUCAACGACGCUCCCCACCCACGAUGGGGAUCGCCCAACUAAUCGCGAAAGCACGUCUAAACCAUAAGCCACGUGGUCAAGAAAAAUAAGUCCCGUCUUGAUGAAUCCAGUCCUUAUAAAUUAAAUACGCUGAUUAUUAUGCCGAAAUGUUCCUAAAAAUCUUGUUAAAUGUUAAGAAAUUUAUUAUGCAUCAGCCUAUAUUUAAUUUUAAUUUCAUGCAAAUGCUUUUUAUUGAAAUACGUAACUGUUCUACUUCUAAGUAAUCUGAAAAUUUAUAGAAUGUAUGUAGAAAAAAUUUAUCAAGAUUUUUAUCGCGAUUUGCCAAUAAACAGAAUUUUUAUGAUAUAUUUUUUUUCUAUUCGACUUCAAAAUUCGAUAUGAAAUGCAUGCAUAAUUGGAAUCUCGUCAGGGAAUGAAGUACUAAAGUUAUGGAGAACAGUCUCAUAAAUAUAUUUAAUUUUUAGUUUAGUGAUAUAAGUAACUCAAAAUAACGAUGUGUUCAUAUAUAUUUUUCUUCAUUAUUUUAUAUUUUAUUUUCAUUUACGACACUCAGAUUCUUAGGAAUUUCAUAAACUGUAGCAGCAGCAGCAGCAAAUCUGUAAACGACAAAAAAAAUUGAA